AUGUUGAAGAAUGGCCAGUAUGCCCAACCUUCCCUUUACUGUAAACUUCAGUAUAUCAACAGAAUUGUGGGAUUAAUUGAGCAAAAUAAACACCUUCAUAACCUUCAAAAUCUAAUAUUAGUUGUUGUGUAUUGUUGCAUAAACUCACAGGACGAUAUCAGCAUUUCUUCUAGCCAAUCUGCUGACUUGUUGUACUGGACCACCGCUAAAACCAUGAAAGUUCUGACUAAUACAACUACAACAACAAAAGCAAUGCUGCAUGCAGUCAGUGAUGGACAGUGGUGGAAGAGGUCAUUAACUUAUCUUCGUCCAUUACAUGGCCAAGAAUUUGGAGAUGUAUUAAAAAGCAGUUCCGAAGCAAAUGCUGCAUUGGAAAAGCAGGGCUGUCAUCCCUUUUAUGAGUCUCUAAUUGUUAAUCCAUAUGUUGCAGAAUCUGAAGUAGCGUAUGCUGCAUACCAACACAAUUCUUCAGAAAGCUUUGCAGAAGUAUUGCUGAGGACAGGAAAAUUAGCAGAAACUAAAAGUGAAGGAGAGGAUCUAUUUCCAGCUACAGAAGUUCUGUUACAACUGGCUAGUGAUGCUUUACCAAAUGAUAUGACCUUAUCUCUUGCCUACCUGCUUGCAUUACCACAGGUGGUAGAUGCCAACAAGUGCUUUGAAAAGCAGUCACAUUCUGCUUUAUGUCUCCAGCUGGCAAGUUAUUACUAUAGCCUGCAAAUCUAUGCUCGUUUGACACCAUGUUUCAAGGACAAAUGCCACCCCCUCUACAGGGCUGACCCAAAAGAGCUGAUUAAGAUGGUUACAAAACAUGUUACGCAGUGUGGCCAUGCAGACUGGCCUGAAGAAAUAGCAGCUUUGAUUAAGCAGCUGUACUACUACAAUGAACGACUAUUGGAUUUCACUCAGGCUCAAAUCCUUCAAGGCCUCGGCAAAGGAGUAGAUGUUCAGAGGUUUACAGCAGAUAGCCAGUACAAAAGAGAAACUAUAUUGGGUUUGGCGGAAACACUUGAAGAAAAUGUGUACAAGAUUGCUCUUUCCUUGGCUCACCGUUACAGCGUUCCACUUUGGGAAGUGUACAUGACACAUCUUGAAUUUCUGUUCACUGAUAGUGGUUUAUCUACUGGAGAAAUAGAAGGCAGAGCACAAAGUCUUGGUCUCUUUGAAACGUUGAAAACCAACCCUGAAGCCCUAUAUGAACACCUGGCCAAAUACGUUUACCCGGGUAUUGAAGGCAUGGAUCACCAGCGUUUGCUUUAUUAUUUUACUCUUCUCCAAAACUGUGGUUGUUCAGAGUUUGUAAAGCAUGCUGUCAAACCUGAAACUCAUAUACAGCUGCUGAAAAAAUUUAAGGCCAUUGCACCAGAUCUCAAUUACAAAAAACUAACAGAUGAAAAUGUGAACCCUCUGGGGGUAUUGCAGCCCAUCCUUACAAGUCAGAACGUCUUAUCCAUUUCCAGACUUGCUCCCAAAAUCCCUGAGAGAGAUGGUACUAUGCUCUCACCAAGCUCUGUUUACACCACCUGGUUACAGAAACUCUUCUGGAAUGGUGAUCACCAGCUCAUUAAAAAAAUGCCAGAAACAAUCCCAGAAUGGUUAAGCGCAUAUGGUACAUGUGCAAAGUACUUUGAUAGACUCUGCCCAGGAGAUAUUGUCACUUUCAUUGAUGACAUUACGUUUUCUUCAAAGGCUGUCACCAAGCUGUCAGUAGAUGCCCGGCUAGAAAUGACUAAUAAGGCUAUUAAUGCAGUGCAACAGAUCAUUGAGAAAUCAAGAAAAAAGAACUCUGAAAAUGAUAUGGACAGUGCUGGAAGCACGCCUGUCACUUAUGAAGAAACUCUGAAUCAUCUGCAGCAGUCCCUUGCUCAUCUGGAAACACUCAAUCAUAGGUUUAUCGCUUAUCUGAAAAAUAGUGAGCAGGAAGUGCUGCAGAAGUAUGGCCAUUUAUAUGAUUUAUCCAGGUCAGAGAAGGAAAAAAUCCAUGACCAAGCAUUAGCUAUGUGUAUAGAUGGUCAACCAUUACACAUGAUACAGCAGUUGUUGGAAGUGGCUGUUGGAAAUAUGGAUCUCUCCCCAAGAGACAUAGUACAAGGCACUAUAAACAAAAUUGUGUGUGUGUUAAGUGACAACAGCACCGAAUUUACUUCAAUAAAUGACCCACUUCAGAUCCUAGAAGGGAUUGUUUCUGCAGUCCAUGCGAGUGUUGAAAAGGGGGAGAAACUAGUUUCUUCAGAUGAUCUAUUGGAGUGGUUGAGACCUUUCUGUGAUAAUGACUCCUUGCCAGUGAAACCCCGCAUUCAGGUCCUGCAGAUUAUGGAGCAAGCAUUUCAUCUCAGUGAUGAGGAUAGCCGGCUACUUGUUUUCUUCAGAACUCAAGCUGUUCUCAAAGCAUGUUGGCCUGAGAAAAAGGUAGAGAUAAUUGAUAUUGAAAAUGAAGAAAAAAGGUACUCUCUUUUCCUGGAACUCUUGAACUCUAGUAACAGUCAGUCUGAUUUUCAACACUUGGUUUUACUCCUCCAAGCUUGGCCACCUAUGAAAAGUGCAAGCAUCUCAUGCACAAGUAAUAAUCCAUGGGUGAAACUAGGGGUGGCCAUGCUAUCAAAAUGUCCUACUGAGCAAAAAGAGAAUAUGGGAAGUGAAAUUUUGAAGAUCUGUCGUUCUUUGUAUCAGACUAAGCACAGGCUUCCUGUAGAGUGUACAAAGGAUUUAUGUUUGCUGCUGCUUAACCAGUCCCUCCUGCUGUUAUCCCUGAAACUGCUAGUGGAAAGCAAAGACCAAGAUCUUCAUGUAUUGGCACUGGAACAGAUAACAGCUGUUGAUAAGGUUGAUGAUUCCAACUGUGAUUCUGAAAUUCUUUCUUUGCUCCUGAAUGAAAAAUUAGUGGUGAAGUGCAUAUCCACUUUAUUCUACCCUCAUCUUAUCAACCACUUACUGGCCAACCAGGAAGAGGGACAUUGGGAUAUAGUGGAAAUAGCAAAACAAUUGCAGGAAGCAGGCUUCAGUGCAGAGGCAGGGUCUCUUAUGGUGUGUUACAAAGGGACUCAUCCUGCACUCAGAACCUACAGUACUGCCCUCAACGUUAUUGAGCGUUGGAUCUGAAUGGCAAAGCAAACUGAAUUUCUUCUGACAAAGCAGCUGCCUGAAUAACAUCUUUUUUUCCAUUGCCUACUUUUUGGAUGGAAGUCUUCUACAUGAGAGACAAAUUGGUCUUCAAACGAAAUUAUAUAUUUUAAGUUGAUGAUCAUUACUUAGGAUUUGUGGAAAAUGCUAACACUAUACAUACUGUGAUUCAUUUACAUAUUUUCAGUUAAUUUGAAACGUUUUACUGAUCUUAAUAGUAUCUCUCUCAAUGUAGGUACGAAAAUCUCUUGUACUGGUGAAAACUUUCAAACUGGCAAAAACAUUUUAAAUCUAACUACUUGGAUUUAUAAUAUGUAAAUUAUAAAGUAGCAACUUGUAAUGCUGCAGGGUUAUGCAGUCUGUGUCACACAAUUCUUUUAAAUAAUUUAGAGUCUGGUCCCAAUGUAAAAUAAUAGCUAUCAGUAAAUGCAUUUAGGACAAAUGACAUUACCAUAAAGAGAGAGAAAUAAAUCUUAAUUUGUGCUGUUUUGGACUUCUUAAUACAAUAGUUUUAUUUGCAAGAAGUGAUGUAUUUUUCACUUAUUAAACCUUUUCUCUUUUUUU